AUGAAGAUCAGUCCCGGCAAGAUUGAGCCAGAGAAAGUCUCCGGCGUGUCCCCGUCGGUGAUGGAGCACGAAAACCGCAACCGGAAGAUGGUGAAAAUGGUGUACAAGGCAUUACGUGGUGGUGACAUGGAGAAGCUAGAGAAGGUGGUAGGGAAAGAGUUGGAAUGGUGGUAUCAUGGACCUCCUCAUUGCCAUCACAUGAUGAAGAUGUUGACCGGUGAGUCAACGCAUAAGGGUUUCAAGUUUAGGCCACGGAGAAUCAGGGCCAUUGGUGACCGUGUGAUUGUUGAAGGGCGGGAAGGGAUGGAGGAGUACUGGGUGCACGUGUGGAGUGUCAAGGAGGGGAUUAUUGCUCAGCUGCGUGAGUAUUUCAACACCUUGCUCACGGUGGUGCUUCGUGUCUCUGAGGAUGGUGAUGAGGCACGGCUAUGGCGGAGCACUCCUUGGGCUCGGGUUCAAGGGUCGUUACCGGAUCUCGUGCUUGCCAUCUGA